AUGUACGGAGGUGAUACUAACAUGCACGGAGGUGAUACUAACAUGUACGGAGGUGAUACUAACAUGUACGGAGGUGAUACUAACAUAUACGUAGAUGAUACUAACAUGUACGGAGGUGAUACUAACAUGUACGGAGGUGAUACUUACAUGUACGGAGGUGAUACUAACAUGUACGGAGGUGAUACUAACAUGUACGGAGGUGAUACUAACAUGUACGGAGGUAAUACUAACACGUACGGAGGUGAUACUUACAUGUACGGUGGUGAUACUAACAUGUACGGAGGUGAUACUAACAUAUACGUAGAUAAUACCAACAUGUACGGAGGUGAUACUAACAUGUACGGAGGUGAUACUAACAUGUACGGAUGUGAUACUAACAUGUACGUAGAUAAUACCAACAUGUACGGAGGUGAUACUAACUUGUACGGAGGUGAUACUAACAUGCACGGAGGUGAUACUAACAUGUACGGAGGUGAUACUAACAUGUACGGAGGUGAUACUAACAUGUACGUAGAUAAUACUAACAUGUACGGAGGUGAUACUAACAUGCACGGAGGUGAUACUAACAUGUACGGAGGUGAUACUAACAUGUACGGAGGUGAUACUAACAUGUAUGUAGAUAAAACCAACAUGUACGGAGGUGAUACUAACAUGUACGGAGGUGAUACUAACAUGUACAGAGGUGAUACUAACAUGUACGGAGGUGAUACUAACAUGUACGGAGGCGAUACUUACAUGUACGGAGGUGAUACUAACAUGUACGGAGGUGAUACUAACAUGUACGGAGGUGAUAUUAACAUGUACGGAGGUGAUACUAACAUGUACGUAGAUAAUACCAACAUGUACGGAGGUGAUACUAACAUGUACGGAGGUGAUACUAACAUGCACGGAGGUGAUACUAACAUGCACGGAGGUGAUACUAACAUGAACGGAGGUGAUACUAACAUGUACGGAGGUGAUACUAACAUGUACGGAGGUAAUACUAACAUGUACGGAGGUGAUACUAACAUGUACGGAGAUGAUACCAACAUGUACGGAGGUGAUACUUACAUGUACAGAGGUGAUACUUACAUGCACGGAGGUGAUACUAACAUGUACGGUGGUGAUACUAACAUGUACGGAGGUGAUACUAACAUGUACGUAGAUAAUACCAACAUGUACGGAGGUGAUACUAACAUGUACGGUGGUGAUACCAACAUUCACGGAGGUGAUACUAACAUGUACGGAGGUGAUACUAACAUGCACGGAGGUGAUACUGACAUGUACAGAGGUGAUACUAAUAUGUACGGAGGUGAUACUAACAUGUACGGAGGUGAUACUAACAUGCACGGAGGUAAUAUUAACAUGUACGGAGGUGAUACUAACAUGUACGGAGGUGAUACUAAUAUGUACGGAGGUGAUACUAACAUGUACGGAGGUGAUACUUACAUGCACGGAGGUGAUACUAACAUGUACGGAGGUGAUACUAACAUGUACGGAGGUGAUAAUGAAACAUAA